GACGGUGGCGGAGCAGCAGCGCAGCCCCCCCAUCACAACGAAGCCCUUGGGAUGGAAGGGAAGGACAGGAAGGACGGAACCACGGACAGGAAGGAUGGAACCACGGACAGCUGGGCCGGCAUCGAGGAGCGCCUGGAGAAGAUCAGAGAAAGCCUCCGCAGCCGCUCUGUCCCCCAUUCCCGCCGUGUCCAGCUCUGCGACCGCGCCCUUCGCACCUGCGUGGAGCAGCUGGCCCAGCCCGGCGGGUUGGUAGCCCACGGUGCCCAGCUGCUAGCCCUGGCCCAGGAGGCCACCCAGACCUACCUGAGCCUGGUCCCCGAGCCCCCUGAGCUGUACCUGGAGAAGAUCCUGUUCCACGUGCUCCGGAACGCCGCGGGAUGGGCGGGGACGCACACCUGGAGCGUGGCCGAGCUGCUGAGGGCUCGGCUGAGGCGUGGCCACCACCACGGCGAUUGGGCUACCAUCACCCGCAGCUGCUUCAGCGUCCUCUGGAGAGCUGCGACCUCUCUGGCCGGGCCUGAAAGGCCUCGGGAGGAGGGCAGGGCGGUGCUGAGCGCCAGGAUCCGCUCCCUGCGCUUCCUGCUGCUGCUGGAAUCUCGGGGCGGGGAAGGAUCCCCUCGGGAAUCCUUCCAGCCUCCCUUCUUCACCUCGCAGACCGCCCAGAACGCUGCGGCCGCUGCUGCUCUCUACGAGGCUGAGAGAGCUCCGUGCCCGCUCUUCCUGGCCAGGCAGCUCGGGGAAUUCCUGCUGGACACGCUGCGGGACGAGGCUCCGCGCCCUCCGGAUCUCCAGAAUUCCCUGUGUUACCUGGAGCUCACCUUGCAGCGCUGCCGUCACCUCUGCAAGGCCCGGCGGCACCGCGAGGCUCUGGACGCCCUGCAGGAUUCCAGGGGGUUUUUAGGAGCCGGGAAUUCUUUGGGAGCGCCUCUGGAGGUGCUGGAAGCCGGGAUCCAGCUGAGCAGGGCGUCGGCCAAGGGCGGGGGCGGCGUCCGGGCGGCGGGGCCGGCUUUGUGCCGGGCGGGAGAGGCGCUGGCAGCGGAAUGUUCCGGAAGGAUUCUGCGGGUGCUGCUGGAGUGUUCCCAGUUCGUGCUGGCCCAGCUUGGGGAGGUGCUCAGGAGGAGCCGGGAGCUGCCCCUCGGCCUCCAGGAGCUUCCUGGGAUUUGUGGCUUCUCCCAGGGCCACGGGCGGGCGCUGCGGCGGCUGCUGGCCCAGCUCUACUCCAGCAUUCCCAAAUCCCAUUUUCCCCAUUCUCAGGUCCCUCCUGACUCCGUCAGGGAGCAGGUGAUGGUGAAGCAGCUGCUGUUCCACAGCCUCCAGCUCUUCUCCAACGCCAUCCACGAGAUAUUCCAACGUUCCCAGCCCUCGGGGUGGCCGGAGCUGGCGCAGGUGACCACGAGCUGUGUCCGGAGUGUCACCUGGAUGCUGGAGGGGCUGGAGGGGCUGCCCGAGGCCGAGAGGGGCAAAUUCCUCGAUGUCACUGCUGCAGCCACCUUCCGCCUGGGCCAGGCCUUCCAGAGCCGGAACGUUCCGGCAGCGGCCGGAGCCGUGUGCGAGCCCUUCUGCCGGGCACUGCUGGCCGGACACGGCUACGGCCAGCCCGGAGUGACCCCGGAGCGGCUCCACAGGUGCUUCCGGCUGCAGGUGGAGAGCUGGCGCUGCCAGGGCCGGCCCCGGCGCGCCAUGGACGCCGUGGCCCAGUGGCUGCUGGCCCUGGGGCCACAGUCCUGGGGAUCCCAGCGUGCCCAGGUACUGGGGACACACUCCCAGCCCAGCCCGGGCCAUCCCAGCUCCCUCGUGGCCGAGCCAGUGGCGCUCUGGGCCAGGAUCAAGAUGGAGGCGGCCAAACAAGGAGCAGAGGAGCUGCAGCUGCUGACCCUGCGGGACGCCCUGGAGUCCCAGUCCGGUCCCCGAUGGCAGUCCCUGCCCGGGGCCGCCCUGGUGGCCCUGCUGCUGGCCGAGCUGCAGGCCUACAAAUCCCUGCGGGGCCCCACGGCCUCGGAGCGCUACAACGUCCUGUGCGAGCUGCUGGCCUCGGGGGGCCCCCUGGAAACGGGGGGGCCCUCGGGAAUGCCGGAGCCCGGGCGGAGCCUGGCCCGGGCGGUGGCGCUGCUGGAGCUGGCACAGCUGCUCUGCAGCCACAGCUUCAGCCCCUGCGCCGACUGCUCUGCCCUGGACGCCAUCCAGGAGGCCUUGAGGCUGCUGGAGUCACUGUCCCAGAAUUCCCAACCCUGGAAUUCCCAAAUCCGGGAUCAGCUCCUGGAUGAGCGCGCCCAGGCCCUGCUCUGGCUGCACAUCUGCACCCUCGAGGGCCUGGUGGAGAAGAGCGUGGCUCGGGAGCGGCGGGGGCGGCUCCGGGGCCGGAACCUCGAUCCCAACCCCGAUCCCAGGGGGGAUGGGAUCCACUGCAGCCUCAGCUCUGACUGUGUGCCCCCAGCUCUAUCCCAACCCUUGGACGAAGCCUUUUCCCUGUGGAAGCAGCUGCUGGAAAACCAUCCUGGAAUUCCUGAGGUGCGGAGCCCGGAGCAAACCGUGAGCUCCCUGCAGCUCCUGGGCUCGCUCUACCAGCUCCAGGGCAAGCCCAUGCAAGCCCUGGAGAGUUUCCUGCUGCUCCGAGCCCUGUGCCGGAGGCUCGGGGAUCAUUUGGGAACAGCAAAUUCCCUGAGCCAGAUCAGCAGGAUCCUGCUGCAGCUGCAGUGUCCUUCCCAGGCCCAGGUUUUCCUGGAAGAGCUGGAAUUGUGCCUGGGGCAGGACGAGGGCCCCGAGGAUUCCCGGCUGCUCCUGCUGCACUCCCGGCUCCUGCUGCUCAGCCAGCUCUGCUGCCUGCAGAACAAGGUGGAGCAGGGCGUGGCCCUGCUGCUGCAGGCCCUGCGGGACCCCCGAGCCCAGAGGGCCACCAGGGGCUGGUACCUGGCACAGGCCCAGGGGCUGCAGGUGGUGGCCACGUUCCUGGAGCUGCCCCCGGCCCAGCUGCAGGCUCCAGAGAGGGAGCUGAUCCAGCAGCACGGCUGGAGCAGCCCCAAGGUGGCCCUGCUGGAGGCGCAGAAGCUGCUCCGCAGCGUCCUCGUGUUCCUCAUGGGCAGCGACGUCCUGGGAGCCUCCCGGAGCCUCCCGGCCGAGGAGCCCGGCCCCGACAGCGGGCUGGCACUGGUGCACAAGUGGCAGGUGCUGGGGGACGCCCUGGGCUGCUGCCAGCGCCUGGUGACGCUGCUGGGCCACUGCGAGGUGCUGUGCAGGGCCAGGGCCUUCUGCAGCGAGGGACUCACCUUGGCCGGACACCUGCAGGCUGCCCGCUGGUGCUCGUGGUUCCUGGUGCUGCAGUCCCAGCUGGAGCUGCAGCAGGGGGAGCUGGAGCUGGGCCAGUCCCACCUCCAGCACGCCCAGUUCCUGCUCCAGCCGCAAACUGGUGAGCACUGGGAACGGGGGACAUCCCAGACUGGGAACGCGGGAAAUCCCAGUGAUCCCAGUCUGGGAACGCGGGAAAUCCCAGUGAUCCCAGUCUGGGAACGGGGAAAUCCCAGUGAUCCCAUCGUUCCCUGUGCCAUUCCCAAUGUCUCCCGAAUUCCCAUUCCAGCCCCCAGACCCCUCUGGGAUCCUCGGCGCCGUUCCAAGAUCCGUGUCCGGAAGGGUCGCCUGGAGAGGAGGAGCCCCCGGGAUCGCGAUGGUGCCGAUGAGGAUGAGGAUGAGGAAUUCCUGCGGGGUCCCUCCCUGCCCCUCCUGGCUCCGGCCGCUCUCCCGGAGCCUCCGGCCGCUCUCACGGCCUCUCCCCAGCUGAAACCCGGCCCGAGGAAAUCUCUGGAAUUCCUGAGCCAUCCCUGGGGCUGUCGCUGCUCCUUCUGCUCCGACCCCGCCCUGCUGGCCCUGGGGCUGCGCUGGCUGCUGGCCCAGGCCCGGGCUUGCCUGCUGGCCGGGGAGGUGGCCCCGGGGCUGGCCCUGGUGCGGGGGGUGCUGGCCCGGUGCGGCAACGCCGGCGCCAGACUGGCCCGGGAGUUGGACACCGUUGGGGACAGGGACAAGAAUGUGCAGGACCCCUCUGGGAAUGGGGAAACCGUCAGGGACACCAUUGGGGACAGGGAUGUGCAGGACAGCUCUGGGAAUGGGGACAGCUCUGGGAAUGGGGACACUCCUGGGGACAGGGACCUGCGGGGCCACGCUGCCCAUGGGGCCACCCUUGGGGACACGGCCCCAUCCCCCCUGGGCCCGCUGGCCGAGCUGGUGGCCGCUGGCUACUCCACGCUGGCCCUGCAGAGCCUGCCCAGUCCGUCCCAGUCCCAUCCCAUUUGGGACGAGGAGCUGGAGCGGGGUCUGACCCUCCUGGGCUCCCAAAGCGCCCCCGUGGCCGGCCUGGGGGUGGCCAUGGCCACUCUGCUGCUGGCCAAGGCCGUGGCCACCCUGAGCCGCGUGGCCACCGCCCUCGGUCGCUCCGUGGACGACGUCCUGGCCCAGGUCUGGACCCCCCGUCCCCCACCCACCCCAAAACCCCAAAAAAAACCCAAAGCUCCCCCCAAAACCAAACCCCAAAAAGCCAAAGCCCCCAAAGCCAAGAUGGCCAAAACCCCAAAAGUGAAGCCCCCGAAAUUUGGGGACGUUUUCACCCUGGGGGACUCAGACCCCGAGGUCCCCCCCAUUGUCCUGAGGCCGGGGGGGGUCUGUACCCCCCACCCCAAAUUGGGGGCACCCCCAAAAUCGCUGCUGGGGCCCAGGACCCCCUUCACCAUCUUCAGUGAGGAGCCCUCCCCCCCUGGGGGCAGCUCCCGGCUCCGCAGGGCCCCCAAAAUCCCAGGAAGAGUCAAGUCCCGGAUCAGGGUGACUUUCAGUGACAGCGACCCCGAGGAGCCCCAAAUUCCCCCAGAUCCCCCCAAAACCACCCGGAAAAAUUCCUGUGCCCAGAGGGUUCAACCCCAAAAAUCCCCUGGGAGUUCUCCAGGAAUUGGGGCUCGGCCCCGGCGGGGGCGGCCCCGGAAGGAGCUGGGGACCCCCAAAAAGAGGGAAAAAAGGGAAAAAAGAGGGAGCAACCACGUGGAAAAUCUGGAGAAGAAGGAAAAUGGGAUCUCCCAAACAGCUCUGGAAAAGAGGGAAAAAAGGGGAAACUCCAAAAUGGAAAAUGUGGAAAAAAUGGGAGACUCCAGAAUGGAAAAUGUGGAAAAAAUGGGAAAUCCCAAAAUGGAAAAUGUGGAAAAAAUGGGAAAUCCCAAAAUGGAAAAUGUGGAAAAAAGGAGGAAACCCCAAAUAAAAACUUCAGAAAAGAAGGAAAAGCUCCAAAAACCUCUGAAAAAGAAGGAAAACAGGGGUCCCCGUCGGGCUGGGGGUCCCCGGGAGAAGAAGGAGAGUGGGACACCCCAAAGUGGAAUUUUGGAGGAAAAGAGGAACUGGGAAUUUUCUGGGAUUGAGGAGAGGGACCCCCUGAGGGCUGUGGAGGAGGAGGAAGAGGAGGAGGAGGAGGAGGAAGAAACGAGCUUUGAGCUCCCCCCCCUGCCCCCAGGUGAGUUUGGGGGGAUUUUGUUCGCCUUGGUGACCCCAAAAUUGGAUUUUUAUUUUUAUUUUUUUUUUUUUUUUUUUCACCCCAAAAUUGUCCCAUCUGUGUCGUUCCCCCCUCCCCCCCUCCCCACUUCUGCAGGUGGGGUCAGGGAGGAAAUUCCAGGAAUUGGGAAUGAGGGGGAUCCCCCAAAUCCAGAGGGGUCCAGCCCUUCCCCCCAGCCCGGUGUCCCCUCCCUGGGCACUGUGCGGUCCCUGCUGCGUGAGGCCCUGGCCUGGAUCUCUCACUUCCCCCCGGGCUCAGUCUAUGCCCAGCUGUGCCAGCUGCUGGCCAUGGCCCUUGGGGACAGGGACCCGCUGGCCACCGCGGGGCUGCUGGCAGAGUCCCUGAGUGUCACCACGCGCCACCAGCUGCUGGCCAUCGUCCACGCCAGGACACGGAAGAAGAGGAGAGCAGCAGGAGCCAGAGGGGACAUCUCGGAUCAGCUCCGGGGCCUCUCCCUGCGGGAUGGGGACCCUUCCCAGGAAUCCCGGGAUUCCCAGGAUUCCCAGGAUUCCCAGGAUUCCCAGGAAUCCCAAUCCCACCUGGCCGAGCUCCAGAAGCUUUUCCAGUUCAGCUCCUCGGGGUUGGGGCCGGAGCAGCGGGAGAGGUUCCGGGAGCAGCUCCAGAGAAUUCCCGAUGGUGUGACCGUGUGCCAGCUGUGCCUGCUGGGUGCCAGCCCCGCUGGCCCCGGGGACACUCUGCUGCUGACGCGGCUGCAGCGCGGCGCGGAGCCCCUGAGCGUGCGCGUCGACACCCGCCGCGGCCAGGCCCCCCUGAGCGGGGUUCUCCGGGAAUUCGAGCAGAUCCAGCGGGAGCAGCGCGAGGCCAACGCCUGCACGGAGCGCCGGGAGUGGUGGGAGCGCAGAUCCCGCCUGGAUCUGCGCAUGAAGAACCUGAUCCAGAGCCUGGACUCGGAGGUUUUGGGGUGCUGGAGGGGGCUGCUGCUGCCCCAGGAUCCCGGGAAUUGCCCCCUGGAUGAGCAGGAAUUGUCCCGGCUGCUCCAGGAGCUCCGGGAAUGCGGCUGGGACGGCGCCGAGCCCGGCCUGCUGCAGGCUCUGCUGCCCACGCUGUGUCCGCCCCAUGUCCGGCCUCUGGCCCAGGCUCUGUGUCCGGCCCGGCCGCUCCGGGCGCGGCUCCUGCUGGACGAGGCCCUGGAGCGGCGCCGGGAGGGGCCCGGGGACACCUCGGGGUCCCUGGUGCUGCUGCUGGACAAGCACCUGCAGCGCCUCCCCUGGGAGAGCUCCGGGACCCUGCGGAACGUUCCGGUGACGCGGCUGCCGGGGCUGCACUUCCUGCUCAGCUACGGCCUGCAACGGCAGCGCUCGGGCUCGGUGCUGAGCCGGGGGGUGAACCCCAAAAACGCUUUCUACGUCCUGAACCCCCAGAGGGACCUGGGGGGCACCGAGGAGAGGUUCCGGGCCUGGUUCGAGAGCCAGCCGGGCUGGCGGGGCGUGGCGGGGGCGGCCCCGACCCCACAGGAGCUGCAGGAGGCGCUGGGGGAGCGAGACCUGUACAUCUACGCGGGGCACGGGGCCGGAGCUCGGCUCCUGGACGGGCACGGCCUGGCCCGGCUGCCCUGCCGGGCUGUGGUUCUCCUGUUCGGCUGCUCCAGCGCCGCCCUCACCCGGGGGGGGCUGGAGCCCACCGGGACCAUCCUCAAAUUCAUCCUGGCCGGGUGCCCGCUGGUGCUGGGGAACCUUUGGGAUGUCACGGAUCGGGAUCUGGACGCCUGGCUCAGGCUCUGCUGCGGGGCUGGCUGGGGGGGGCCCCGGGACCCCCUGCUGGCCCAGCUGGCCCAGGCCCGCCAGGCCCCCAGACUCAAAUCCCUCAUCGGGGCCGCCCCCGUGGCCUACGGGCUCCCCGUCAGCCUCUGCUGAGGGGGGGCUGCGCUCUGGGGGGGCCCUUUGGGGUCCCCAGCACCGCCCACGGCCUCCCUUGGGCUGAGCUUUGGGGUCCCUUGGUCAUCUUGGGGUCUCCCC